AUGGAAUAUUUUGAAGAGACAAAUCCAACACUUUACGAAAUAAAGGAACCUGUGGUCAGCAAGGAGUUCAUUGAGACCAAAAUAGCACCAGUGCACGGUACAACUACGCUUGCAUUCACAUUCAAAGAGGGAAUGAUAAUCGCAGUGGAUUCACGUGCUACCUCUGGCUCAUACAUCGCAUCACAAACAGUAAACAAGGUCAUUGAAGUGAAUAGGCAUCUGCUUGGAACAAUGGCAGGUGGUGCAGCUGACUGUUUCUAUUGGGAGAAGAAGAUGGGCCAAUAUGCCAAGAUGCAUGAAAUCAGAACAGGUAGAAGAAUUACAGUUUCACAGGCAUCGCACUAUCUUUCAAAUUGUGUCAAUAAGUACAGAGGAUAUGGCUUGAGUAUGGGAACUAUGGUCUGCGGAUACGAUGAAGAUGGUCCAAAGAUAUUCAUGGUCGAUGACAGUGGUAGUAGAAUUGAAAACAACCUGUUUUCAGUUGGAUCUGGUUCAACAAUAGCAUUGGGAGUGUUGAGUGCGAAGUACCAUCACGAUUUGACAAAAGAAGAGGCAAUUCAGCUUGGAAAAGAAGCCAUUUACUGCGCAGGACACAGAGAUGCCUUUUCUGGUGGAACUGUAAACGUGUUCUUCAUGAAUGAAUCAGGCUGGACCAAGAUAGGCAGAUGGGAUUUCAAUGAAAUCAGAGAUGAAAAGAAAGAGUAA